CACCUCUAAACAAAGUUUGGGUUGGGUGUGUACAGUUCGUUAUUUUGUGGUUUUCGUUAUUUUUCUAUUUUUAUAUGAAUAUAAUAUAAUGAAAAUGUUAUUAAAAGUGUUUAUAUUAACGUUUCUGUGUAUCUUACCAGUCGCAUUUUCUGUAAGAUGCUAUCAAUGUGCAUCUUCACAGGAUAAUAAAGGUGAAGACAAUUGCGGUGCGUACAAAAAAUUCGAUAAAGAAAGCCACAUCGCAGUGGAAUGCUUCAGUGAUGAAUCUCAUAUGCCAGGAUCUUUUUGCAUGAAACUGACUCAGCAAGGGCCUAAAGGAUUUAUUUGGGAUGGUAGAUGGCGACAAGUUGUCAGACGUUGUGCAUCCGUAGCAGUGACAGGAGUUACUGGUGUCUGCAACUGGGGUGUGUACGAGAACGGAGUCUACUGGGAGGAAUGCUACUGUUCAUCGGAUGAAUGUAACGGUUCAUCGUUCAUUACGUCAUCUCUCACUCUCAUUUUGAGUACCAUAGGAACUGUUUUGUUCUUAUAUAAGUUAUUUUAGAACAGAUUUGAUAUUUUUUAUAUUUUAUCAGAUUGGAUAUAGAGCAUAUCAUUCAAAAGUGUUAGUGCCUUAAUGUAAAGAUUUUUACUCUAAGGUUUCUUAUUAAAACCAUGUAAAGAAUAUAAUUAUAUAUUAUCAUAUAAGGCUCAACUCACACCAAAACAACAUUGAAGUGCAGCAAAGCCGAGCGCUUAUUUAGUGUCAUAUGAAUUUUAACUUAAUCUUCAUUGCUAUAAUACUUAUUAUCUCAUGGAUAACUCGAACAAGUCGCGCGAAUA